GCCAAGCUGGGGAGGCUGGGAAAAGAUGGCAGCUUCCUAUUCUUUGUGGGAACUUACUUAACUCCGGGGACGGAUUUGAACUAGUCGUCGGUGGAUGCUGUGAUUUCUCUCUCGACUUUUUUAAAAUUCACACUGUUGAAUAUUUAAAUAGUUUCACAAAGAGGAACAUGGAGAAAAGCGGGAGCAUCGACAGUUUGGGCUCGAAGCGCUCCUCUUCCAGGCAGCCAAGUGUUGAUUCAUUGUCCAGUGCUUCCACAUCUCGGUCUGACCGGUCUGCCCAGGCCAAGCCACCCUCUGCAAUGUCCUCUGACUCCGUGGCCACCUCCACAGAGCUUUCCCCGGAGCUCAGGGUUAGGCCCAAAGCUCCUGCUAAGGUGCUUAGAGAUUCAAGCAAAGAGGAGCCACAGUUACUUCCAAAUGAAAUUGUGCAAGACAUGGCCAAAGAUGUCACCUAUAUCUGUCCUUUCAUUGGCCCACUGAGAGGGACACUGACUGUCACCAACUACAGGCUUUUCUUCAACUGUAUAGACAGGGAUCCAGCAUUUGUGCUGGACCUGCCCCUCGGGGUGGUGAGUCGUGUGGAGAAGAUUGGAGGUGCAUCAAGCCGUGGUGACGUGUCCUAUGGAUUGGUUUGCAAGGAUAUGCGUAAUCUGCGGUUUGCACAUAAGCAGAUGGACGAUACACUGAGGAAGUCCAUUUUUGAAGUCCUGAUGAAAUUUGCCUUUCCUGUUUCCAAUGGGCUGCAAAUCUUUUCCUUUGAAUAUGGUCAAGUCUUUCCCGAAAAUGGAUGGAAGGUGUAUGACGCCCUCACUGAAUACAAAAGACAGGGUAUACCCAACGAAAGCUGGAGGAUAACAAAAGUAAACGAUCACUACGAGCUGUGUGACACCUACCCAUCAACUCUGGUGGUGCCUGUUAACAUACCAGAUGAAGAGCUGAAGAGAGUGGCAGCUUUCAGGGCCAAAGGAAGGAUACCUGUUCUGUCAUGGAUCCAUCCGGAGAGCCAGGCCACAGUGACCCGCUGCAGUCAGCCCAUGGUUGGGGUUAAUGGGAAGCGCAGUAAAGAGGAUGAGAAAUACCUCCAGGCCAUAAUGGAUGCAAACGCUCAGUCCCAUAAGCUCUUCAUCUUUGAUGCCAGGCCCAGUGUCAAUGCUGCCGCCAACAAGAUGAAAGGGGGCGGAUAUGAAAGUGAGGAUGCGUAUCAGAAUGCAGAGCUGGUGUUCUUGGAUAUUCACAAUAUCCAUGUGAUGAGGGAGUCACUCCGCAAGCUGAAGGAUGUUGUCUACCCCAACAUCGAGGAAUCCCAUUGGCUCUCUAAUCUCGAAUCUACUCACUGGCUUGAGCACAUCAAGCUGAUCCUGGCAGGAGCGCUGCGUAUCGCAGACAAGGUGGAGUCUGGGAAAACUUCAGUCGUGGUGCACUGUAGUGACGGGUGGGACCGCACGGCCCAGCUCACCUCCUUGGCCAUGCUGAUGCUGGACGGUUACUACCGCACCAUUCGUGGCUUCGAGGUGCUGCUGGAGAAAGAGUGGCUGAGCUUUGGUCACCGAUUCCAGCUGCGGAUUGGUCACGGUGACAAGAACCACACAGAUGCGGACCGCUCACCUGUUUUUAUUCAGUUCAUCGACUGCGUAUGGCAGAUGACUCGGCAGUUCCCAGCAGCCUUCGAGUUCAAUGAAUACUUCCUGGUAACUAUCUUGGACCACCUGUACAGCUGCCUCUUUGGGACAUUCUUGUGUAACAGCGAACAGCAGAGGGUGAAGGAAGAGAUUCCCAAGAAGACGGUAUCCUUGUGGUCCUAUAUCAACAGCCAGCUGGAGGAAUUUACCAACCCUCUGUAUGUAAACUACUCCAACCAUGUGCUGUUCCCUGUAGUAAGCUUACGCCACCUGGAGCUGUGGGUGGGCUACUACAUCCGCUGGAACCCUCGCAUGAGACCUCAGGAACCUGUGCAUCAGCGCUACAAGGAGCUGCUGGCGAAGCGCGCUGAGCUGCAGAAGAGGGUGGAGGAGCUUCAGCGAGAGGUGACCAAUCGCUCGGCUUCCUCCUCCUCUGAGAGGGCAGGCUCUCCCACGCGGUCCAUCACCCCAGUGCAGACCUUUGUUUGACACACCUUCACCCAGGGAUCAUCACAGAAACUAAAUCUCAUCUGUGACAAGGUGCCAUAUCUAUAGUAACCAGUAGGCUGCACCAGAGAGGAUGUGUGUGACAAAACCCCUGCAAGGGUGACACGCUGCUUUAGUAAGCCACUACCAAAAGUCUGGUGGAGCAGAUCACUGGCCUUGUGUGUCUCGCAGCUGAGGCCCUGUAGUGUCUGCCUGCAACAGGACCGUCUGUGUCUCAGACCACUCGACUACAGCCAUACUCUACUCUUCUUCCAGGGUUGAGAGGACAUGCAACCUGAUUAGAUGAGUACGCUUUAGCACAUCAGCAUACCUGCAAUCAGUGUUGUUAGUUUUGAAAGUUAUUAGUACACUAAAAUAUUACUUGGCUGAAUCUAAGUAUGCCUUAUACACUAUAUAGGAACAUUCAGUCCAUUCCUCCACUUUGCAAAGGUUUGGUAGAUUCUUGUUAAAAAGCCAUGGCAUUAAAGCAAUUGUGAAAACGUAUAUUCCUGCAAAAAAUAUUUUCAGGUCAGAACACUAGUACUAGAAAACUACUAAAUGGCUCUGGAGCUGAUGAAUAUUGAAUUGAGAUUGUAGCUAAAGGGCUAGACUGUUACUGAGCUUCUGAUGUUAGAAAAUAGUAAUAAGUGGGGAGGGAGUCUUCUAAAGUCAAUGCAUUCACAAUGUUGUGACCAAAUAUGUAAGACUGUUUGUGAAUACAUAAUGUGCUUAUGUAUGACAUUCCUGUCAUUGAAUAAUUUGAGUUUUGUAAGAUUCCUUUUUCUAACUGGUUAACAUUAUUUAUUACCCAGUAGACUUUACUCCAGACUUGUAUUUAUAAUGCUCAACCAUGCUCCGUCUCUUAGCCAUAAAUUGAUAUUCCCACGAUGUUCUCAUGUUCUCAAGUUCUCAAGCUGCACAGGAUAGACAAUAGUGCAUCUGCCCCAAUUACUGGUCAAUUACUGGUCAUUUACAUUUACUCAUAAUGUUGGUGUGUGAGCAUUUCUUGCUCAUGCGGAAUGAAGUUGGGAUCAGACAACAUUUGUUCAUUUUAUGGGUGGCAGAAUGAGUCGCGCAACUAAUAUUUUGUUUUGGAUGGUUUUUCACUAAUAAAUGUGAAUGAAUAUAUGAGCCUUGUUCUGAAAGAUGGCAAGGAUAACAACGCGGUGUAUGUAGUUUUUAGUUGUUAAACUCGAUACAGUGAUUAGUCAGCACUUUUUGUGAUUAGGUAAAUAUUUACAGUGAAAGUAGGACUGGACUUGAAAGAGUGAGUGUGUUUGGCGACAUUAACACGUGAAGACAAAAACCCUCCCAGCUCCUUGGAGCUCAGUGGACAAGCUGUAUGUUGCUAAAAAGAAAGUAGAAGUCCAACAGCGUAAACAGAAAAUACUUCUAACUAUAUAAUCAAGAGUGCCUUCUUUUUUUGAAUGUAGGAAUAUAAAAGUGUCACUUAAAGGUAUAAAUGUCAGAAUGUGAUUGUGCUGAUUGUGAUUAUUGAGCUGCAACAGCUCUGAAAACAUCAGCCUGGCCAUGUUUCAUCUCAGGCUUCUCCCUAAAUAUUUGACAUUAGAUUACUUCAGACAUUAGAUACAUUUAAAAAUCCUGUUACAAAUAUUAGAUCGGUCUUUCCCUUUAAAAUCUGAAAAUUGUGAAAGCAUGGCAGUUUCCCCUCAGUUUAAGUAAAACCGAUGUAUUUUUUAUGCAUUGGACGGAUUGCAGUGCUGUACAAACUUCAAGUGUUUUCAGCAAUUAGUCAGCUGCAGGCAACAGCUAGUCUCCUGUUCUCAUCUCCUGUUAUGUCAAACAACUGAAAAACUGUAUUAGAAUGAUUAAUUAAUAAAA